AUGGUUGGACGUACAGGAUUAGCAGUAGCGAAAGCGCUACUGACGCGGCCUUGCCGCAAACUCAAGGUUUUAGCAGAAGAAUGUGAGGCAGCAAAGGAGAGCCUUAACGAUGAAGUGGAAGAUGGCAUCCAAAGCAAAGCGAUAGAAUUGGAAGAAAUGACAAAGACGAGUCUUGAACGCAAAAACGCAAGAACGUUCAACACAACAGCUCUCAGCAUGGGAAACGGCAUGGGAAACGUGGAAAUAACAUGGCCAAAAUCACCAGCCGUUCCAGAUUCCACGUUUGCGGCAAACUACAAAAGCAACUAUCUUAUAAACUCUCUACAAGACGAUGCGCGCGAGCUUACUCGUCGCUUCAUUGUUGCCGAGGAUAAUCAUGACGAAGCGGUUGCGAUGCUACAUCGCAAAUACGGAGACAAAAAAGACUUAUUGAAAAGCUUCAGCUUCGUCUCUAACAAGUUCGUGCUGAUUAUACGAGAAAGGAGUCUCAACGUUGGCUAUUGA